AUGUCCGCUUUCUGCCUGGAUUUGCAGAGAUCUGCCGUGGUUUCAGCACCACUAGAGCUGGACAGCGACUGCAUGGAGCCGCCGGCCAGCCCCGGCGCUCAGGAGCCCGGCGGCUUUCAGGGCCACCCGCCGCCGCGGCGCGCCGGCUCCGGAGGCCUCGGCACGGCCUUGGAGGAGGAACUGGCCAUGAUCACCGGGGAGCGGGGAGUCGACGAGGAGCUGGCGGAGCUGGAGGCGCCAGCGGUGGGGCACAGCGCAGACAUGCUGUUGCUCUUCCGACAAAAAGAGAAGGACUUGGUUUUAGCAGCUAAACUGGGCAAAGCGCUGCUGGAGAGAAACCAAGACCUGACCAAGCAAUACGAGAAGAUGCACAAAGAUCUGUGUGAGAAGUUGGAGCACCUGGAGCAGGAGAAGCACGAGUUGCGGCGGCGCUUUGAAAGUCGAGAGGGUGAGUGGGAGGGCCGCGUGGCCGAGCUGGAGACGGACGUCCAGCACCUGCAGGGCGAGCUGGAGCGCCACCAGGUCCAGCUCAGGGAGGCGGACAGGGACAAGACCAAGGCCAUCAGCGAACUAUCUGAACAGAACCAUAGGCUGCUGGAGCAACUCAGUAGGGCUGCAGACGUGGAGAGGCAGCUGUCCACUCAGGUCCAUUCAUUACGGGACGACUUCAGGGACAAGAGUGUGUCUACAAGGCAGCACAUGACACGCCUGGAGACGCUGCAGGCCGAGCAAGGGCUAGAAAUUAAGAUGCUGUCGGAGAGGAAGAUGGAGCUGGAGCGCCGGGUGACCGCCAUGAUCGAGGAGAACGAGCUGCUGCAGAACACCGUGGACGACCUCCGGGAGCGGACGCUGGUGCUCGAGAAGCAGCGCCACGAAAAGGACCUUCAGUUGCGACAAAGCCAGCUGGAGCUUCAGGAGGUCCAGGUGUCCCACAGACAACUGACGGCUAAGUUGGCCGAGCUGACGGAGGAGCACAGUCUGCAAACCUUCAGCCCCCACCCGUCCAACCUGCUGUGUGAGAUAGAGCAGAGCAUGGAGCAGGAGGAGCAGGAGCAGGAGAGGGAACAGCUGCGUCUACAACUUUGGGAGGCCUAUUGCGAAGUUCGCUCGCUCUGUUCUCAUCUCCGAGGAAACGAUGUCACGGACUCGGCACUCUCCACCGACUCGUCCAUGGACGAGUCCUCGGAGACGUCCUCGGUGAAGGAUGUGCCUACAGGGAGCCUUCACACCAGCCUGUUAGAGCUACGGAGGCUAACACAGAAUCUGCUGGAUGGGAAUGAGUCUACGGGUUCACGGCGCAGUGAUGAGGAGGCACUAGAGGAGCAGGUGAGGAAGAUGGGAGAAGAACUGCAGGAGGUCAGAGAGCUUUAUGAAGCAGAGCAGCACAAAACACGCGGCAACGAAGAGGAGCUGCUGCAGAUGCACAAUCAGAUGGCGCUGCUCUCCAUUGAGAUCUGCUCUCUGAGGGAAGAGAACGAGCGAAUGAGGGCGAUGGCGGACGUCCGAGAACCCAGUGAGCAGCUCCAGAGCGCCAUCAGAGACCGAGACGACGCCAUCGCCAAGAAGAAAGCUGUGGAAAUGGAGCUGGCUAAAUGUAAAAUAGACAUCAUGUCUCUGAACAGCCAGCUUCUGGACUCCAUCCAGCAGAAACUCAACCUGUCACAGCAGCUGGAGGCUUGGCAGGACGACAUGCACAGAGUGAUUGACCAGCAGCUGAUGGACAAGCACCAGGACGAGUGGCGCUCGGUCCACGCCGCGCUGUCCGGAUCGUCGAGGAGUCAGUCCCCGAGGCGAGCUCGCCGCGUCACUGAGCGGGACAAGAGACUUUUCUCUUUUUUCAAAAAGAACUGAGCCCUGUCGGAACUGGCCCUUAAAGCACAGAAGAGACACGCAGAGACAGACGGAGGUGAGGGAGUGUAUGGGUAAACAGCUCAGCCAAAGACAGGCGGUGGUAGGCAGGCGCUGAUGUUGGGGGGGAGGUUCAGAUCAUUUUGCACUUUAUCUGUCCCAUUGCUCUGCUCCUUACUGAAAGGGAAUGAAGGUAAAAAUAAAAAUCAACACUUCCCCAGAGGCUUUGGCUCAGCAAUCCACCCUAAAGAGGACUUCGCUUUCUGGUCUUACAGAACAGGACAGGGUCACAAAGUUUUACCUCCAUAGAGGAAGGUUUCCUUGUAGUGCCUACAAAACCCACUGCCAACUCUGUAGAGGUGGAGAACAAUGUUACAGCGCUACAGCAUGAACAGUAUGCAUCUCAGUUAUCAGGCCGAGGAGGCUGGGGAAAGGCAGAAGUUUGAAGUAUUAAGUUAGAGCUCAGAGUAUAAAGAGAAGUUCUGGCAGUGACAGAGUACACACACAACGAUGGGGAGUCUCUCAGGUUUAUUCAUGUGUCAGGGAAAAAACGGAGCGUGGUGUGUUCAACCCAACUGGAAAAGGUCAAUUCCCAAAUGGAAGAAUAUAAAUAGAGGGGAUGACUUACGGGCACUGCGAUGGACUGGUGACCUGUCCAUGGUGACCCCGUCUCUGUCCCAUUGACCACUAGAGAUAGGCAAGGGUGUAUGAUAAUGGAUGGAUUAAUGGACAGACUUAUGGGCAUUUUAAAAAUGCAGUUCUAAAAGUGUAAAUUAAAAAAAGAAAAAAAGUUUUUCUUCAAGAAACCUCUCUGAUCAUCUUAGCUAUUGUAGCUAGUUGCUUUGAUUGCAAUAAAUCUCAGACUGAGUUUCUAAGUGCAAAGCAAGUUUUUUUUUGUUUGUUUUUUUUAAACAAAGCAGCUAGCCUGAUAAAAAACAGCCCCUUCUCCUACAUUAUUUGCUAAGUACAGAGGGUCUAUUGAGAAACGCUUCCUGGGCUGUGUUGAGGUUUUAUAUUUUGCAAUUAGACUGGGAUUUUUCCCUGACUUUUGGCACCAGUUUUGUGGGAAAUUUCAUAAAUUGUAAUUUGUGUUUUAACAAUUUUAUUGUAAACACCAGGAAAACUAAAUUAAAAAAAAUAACUUUUCAGUUUGUGGGAUGUUGUCGCGACCUCAAGAGACUCUCCAUCCUCGUCCCUGACAGAUGAAUAAACCUUUAUGGGGGGUGGUAGAACUCCUUACAUCUAGCUUAGUGGUAAUAUUUUCCUACUGCUCACAUCAUGGACAUCAUUUGAAGAAAAAGCACUGCUCAGUGUUGUCUCCGGGAUGUCAGCCAUCUUCCUAGUUGACCAAAUUUCUUGUUUACAUCAGUUUGAGAAGGGAUUAGGAUUUAUUAUAUGAACAAUAACUAUGAAUUCCACCGGUGAAAAGCAGUGCACCACAGCUGUCAGCAUUCAAUGUGACCGUUUGCAGUCACUCCUAGUGGAGAAGGUCUACCUCCAUUCCUCUCGCUUCAAUACUUCACAGGCACUUUGAUUUCUUAGCUUGCGGGCUUCCAUACUUGGGGGACAUUUCUGACUCCAUUGGUGAAACACAACGAAGCGAGCUCAGAUGUUUGAGCAUGGAUGAUUUUGCGUGUGGCACAUUAAUGUCUCAUGUCUGUGCGUGUUUAAUGGAGCUGUGCAAACCUAUGCAGGUGUCUUCACGUCAUCUCAGCUGGUUGUUGGGAAGGAUCAACCCAAAGAGUGAUUUUUUUAAAUGAAAAUGACAAAUAGGUUUGGAUGAUAUAUUUAUAAGAAAAAGCAUACUUUUUUGACAGAAAAUCUUUUUGUAGAAAGACAUAUCUGUACAAUGUUUUUGUCGACUGUUUUUAUGCGUCUUGUGAACUGAAACUCCUUCGAUGGAACGGGCAUCUUUUGGCUCUUUUUUUUUUCCUCUUUUGUCGUUUGGUGUCACACGAUGAGAGAAAUCCCAUAAAUUCAAAUUAUUUAUUCAAAUUCUCUAUCUAUAUGAUGCAAUUUACCGGACCUAAACACGAAAUUCUAAAAGGUCUGCACAUUUAAAUGGCCUAUACGAAAACAAACAGAUUUAUAUAUUGUUCUAUUUUUUUUUUACGGAAGUGUUUAACUGGCCAAGCUAGUAAAUAAAUACAGGAGCAGUAUCCCACUAAAAGAAGAAACCUUCUUGCUAAUGAUGAGAAACUUUCAAGUUUUUAUGAGUUUCACAUUUCAUUAUGACGAGAUACCAUUCUUGUAUUUAUUUAUUUCCUUGUUCUGGCAGUUAAAUGCUUCUGCAUGUAAACAGCUGUUUAGCUAGAUUUAGCUUAGCUUAAUUUGCCUUAUGUUAGCAAAUACUGGAAUUUAGAAAGGGGUGUACGCAGCUAGCUAAAGUUUAUGUUUUAGCAUCACUGUGAAUGUUACCACCCACAUUUAAAUCUAUCGAGCUAUAGAGCUUUGAUGCUUCAGGGAUAGAGCCUAACUAGCUGUGUCCCUGGUUUUAGAGAUAAGAUAGCCUAGCUUAUUUAAAGCUAGCUGGCACGAAUAAACAGCCCUAAAAGUCAAGUAUACUAAUUAAUGUAUGGGGCUUGUGAUUUUCAGGUAAUCUGCUAUUGGUAAUGACCUAAAAUUAAAAGAAUUGGGACUGAGGUUCUGUUAAAAAUGUAUAAGCAGCUAAUAUCUUGACUGCAGUACAUAAUUAUCUCAGGGUCUUCAUCUGGCAUAAAUUGAGACCAGCUAAUCGUAGAGCCUGAAGCUAACGGCUAGUCUGAGAAGAGCCAAGCCCAACGGCAGCUUGUACCUCUGCGCGUCUCUCCAUUGAACUUUAAGAAAUUUAAAGUGACUCUGUCAUAUUUUUUUCAUAAACUGUCACCAUUGCAUUGGAUGGUUUAAGUCUUUAUAGGGAAAUGGAGGUUGGAGGCUGUGCAGCACCAACUGUCUUCCUCUGUGAAACAUACUGAGAAUGGAACAUGUGAAGCAUUUAUACAAACCUACAAAAUGAAGGCAUAAAAGUUACAAUGGUGUACACUAAAACCUCUGUGUCAGACAGUUAUACUGACCGGAAACAUUUCCAUGUUUCAUCUCUUGAGUAGUCAGGAAGAUUUUUAGCGCCACACCACUUCCUACCUCCGCAAUCGAUGUAUAUAAUCAACAGAUUUUUUUGUAAAUAAGUAUCCAAGCCAAACAUGACAAUAAUUAACAGGCUCAAAUGAUCAAAUUUGCAUAAACCUCGAUGUUUUUGAAGUAAAAUUAAUUUUAAGAUGUCAGAAUUUCACUUUAAUCUUGGCUCUUAGCUGCCUCCAGGAUCAAAUAAUCUGGAUGUGUUAGUAAAUGAAAGACUUAUGUACUAUACGUAAGAAUUAAGGUAAGAUAUUAACAACUUAAAAACAUAUAACAUAACUUCAACGAUCGACAGUCCCUGCAAGAGCCAUUUCAAGAGACAACAGUUUUGAAAAUGAACCAGUAGAUUAUUUCCAGGUCUUAGUCAGACUAGUGAAUAAUCACUUUUAGUGUAAGCAUUUACUUACAAAAGAUAGACUUGAGAAGUUAUUUUUAUCAAUAUUGUCCUGAUAGAACAGUUUACGCCAUAAAUUAUAUAGCGAAACGAGACGCUAUUUCUCUUUAAGGUAAACCAAAACGGCACAGUCAGCCCAAUUUAAAAUGAAAAAAAUUGUAACCUCAAACAUUAAUUUCUAACAUAAUAAUACUGGCCAGCAGAGAUGAUCACAAUAAUACUCACUGUCAGUGUUUUUAUGUAACCAAUAAUCACAUUAGCCAACAUAUUGUAGUCAGUACUGGGACAAGAACUAAACUUCAGUUUCUUUGUUUUGAUUUUUUUUUAUGACACAUCUUCAAGGAAAAAAGAAGGAAAAAAAACGUUACGUUUGAUUCUGUUGAAUUUAUUUUGAUGUAAAUGCUGUCGUUUUUUUUUUUUUUUUGGUUGAUUUUGUCUCCGACACUGCAGACUGAAUGAAUUCUGAAAACAUGUCCAGUGUCUCUGUGUGUCUGGCUGGGCGUCCUGAUGCCGGCCGCCACAGAUUGAAGUGUGUGUCGCAGUGGGAAACACAGACAUCCCAUUGAGUGCGUUUGUGUUACUCGUCUCCGACGUCGUUUUCGAAUCCAGUGCUUUCGGUGGGCUCAUUGUACUCCAUGCGAGUGCUUCCAUUCACCACUGACUGACGGCACUGUUUUAGUUACAAAAUACUUCAAGCUAUUCAAAAUAUUUAUCAUGCAAUUUUCUUAGCAUCCUUGUUUUUGUACGAAUAAACUCUUUACAAAUC